ACAGCUGCCGUUGGCGUUCUCUCCCUCCUCCUGAACCUACGUAUGGCCAAACGUGAGACGUAGAGCCUUACUUGUGAAGUGUACUCCACCGAAAGCCGGCUGUUGGUAUUUUUCAUCGUCAUCUUUCAUUCUUAACUUCAAAUUCUCAAAUAUUCUUUAAAUAAUGGAUUCUGAUAAAGCCGCAAUUGUUGAAAACUCUGAAGAGGAUAUUGAGGAAGUUGAAGAGGAAGAGGAAGGAUGUGAUAAACUGAGCAAAGAGAAGCUGCAAGCAGCUGUUCUGCAGAAUCCUAGGGUGAUGGCUGCUUUGCAAGCUCGUCUUGACAGUAUGGUUGGAGACCCAUCUGGCUAUAUUAAGAGUUUGCCUGCUGCAGUCCAGCGGCGCAUCAAGGCUCUUAAAAAUCUACAACUUGAAACAACCAAAAUAGAGGCAGAGUUUUUCAAGGAGGUGCAUGUCCUUGAAUGCAAAUACCAAGCUAAAUAUCAGCCAUUCUUUGAAAAGCGAGCCAAAAUUACAAGUGGAGAUUAUGAACCUGCUGAUGAGGAAUGUGUCUGGACCUUGGAUGAUGACAAGGAAAGUGAAGAACUUUCUGAAGACAUGAAAAACAAGGUUACUAUUGAAGGUGAAACAAAGGAGGAAGAUCUGAAAGGUGUUCCAGAGUUCUGGCUAACAAUCUUCAAAAAUGUUGAGCUUCUGGCUGACAUGGUUCAGGACCACGAUGAACCUAUCUUGAAGCAUCUGGUUGACAUCAAAGUUCGUUACAAUGAAGACCCUAUGGGCUUUGUGCUUGAUUUCCAUUUUACCCCAAAUGAAUUCUUUGAAAACACUGUGUUGACAAAGACUUAUGACAUGAAGUGUAUUCCAGAUGAAGAGGACCCUUUCAGUUUUGAAGGACCUGAAAUUCAUAAGUGCAAGGGCACUACAAUUGACUGGAAAAAAGGAAAGAAUGUGACUGUUAAGACAAUCAAGAAGAAGCAGAAGCACAAGUCAAAGGGUUCUGUGCGCACCGUUUCCAAGACUGUUCAAAAUGAUUCGUUUUUCAAUUUCUUCAGUCCUCCCGCUGUUUCUGACGACGCUGAUGAAGAAGUUGAUGAAGAUACCCGGGCUUUGUUAACGGCUGACUUCGAAAUUGGUCAUUACAUCAGGGAAAGUAUUGUACCACGUGCAACGCUUUAUUUUACUGGUGACGCGCUGAUGGAAGAUGAUUUUGAUGAAGAAGAAGAGGAGGAAGAGGGAGAUGAAGAGGGUGAGGAAGGCGAAGAAGAGGAAGGCGAAGAAGAGGAAGAAGAUCCUGAUUUUGACCCUCGUAAACAUGCUAAAGCUGUGCGAGGACAAAAAGGACAAGCUAAUCCCGCGGAAUGCAAACAGCAGUGAGGAUGAUGGGCAUUAUGAAGAACUGGUUAUUCAUUCUAAUAUAACUUAUCUUCAAUGUUAACCUAAUGUGUAUUUCCUUCCCCUGAAAUUACAAAGCAGUUCCUCAUUACUGUUCUUUGAUCUAAUAAAAUUUCGUCUAAUCAAA